AUAGCUCAGUCGAAUUGUUUGGUAUUACGAGUGAACAUAUAAUCAUUAACGUUAAUAAUUUCUUUCCCAUUGAUUAUGGCUCUGUGGUGUUACGAUCCUUCGUCCGACUAUUGUUGCAUGGGUAGACCUUGUCCGUGGAGAGAUAGUUGGCGAUGUUUUCAACCGGAGCCUCUGUUCCGCUGGGCGGACACGUCCCCGCUUCAUUCUCUCUUGUCGCAUGGCUUUUUGCCCAGCACUCCGGCCGGAAGGACAUCAGGAGCGAUUCGAGAAGUUGAGUGCGACAAAGAAAAGUAUCAGGUGACUCUUAACCUGGGAAACUUCAAGUCGAACGAGAUCAAUGUCAAAUUAGUUGACCAGACGUUGGUGGUUUGCGCCGAGCAUGACGAAAAGCCGGACGAAUCUGGCCACAUCUUCCGUCGCCUGAAGCGUCGUUAUUACCUCCCGCCGAACGUGGACUUUGAUAAUUUGAAUGCAACUCUGUCCGAUGACGGUACGCUGGUAGUCUGUGCGCAAAGGAAGGCCAUUGAAGCGGGAAAUGAGCGUGAAAUCGAAGUUAAAAAGCUACCCGCAGAAUCCAAAUCGCAGCCUCAAGUAUCCGAGAAAACCGAACAAGUUACAGCUGGCACGGAAAAAUGUCCAGAGAAAUGUCAAGAAAAAUGCGCAGAACAGGAAACUGGCAAAGGGAAAAGUGAGAAAAGUACCAACAUCCCCGUCGGUCGCGAGGUUGGCGACAAGAAGUGAGAAAAUGUUGAAGAUGGAGCCAAAAAUCAAGUUUAGAAAUUGGUUGUAACAUUUUACUUAAAUUUAAGUACUUGCUUACGCUCGGCGUACCCUUUAAUAAACAUUAAAAGCCUU